CAGCAAAGGCGGAAUGGGGACCACGGAGGCCACGCUGCGGAUGGAAAAUGUGGAUGUCAAGGAGGAAUGGCAAGAUGAGGACUUCCCCAGGCCCCUCCCAGAGGAAGCAGGAAUGGAGUCCUUGGGAAGCCCAUCGGAGAAUGUGUUGGCUCCACCAAGCUCCUUACGCUUUAGUAAUGGGGCUCAUCACAAGCGGAAGACACUUGUUGCUCCAGAAAUUAACAUUUCCUUGGACCAGAGCGAAGGCUCACUCCUGUCGGACGAUUUCUUGGACACUCCGGAUGACCUGGAUAUCAACGUGGAUGACAUUGAAACUCCCGAUGAGACAGACUCCCUGGAAUUCCUGGGGAACGGGAAUGAACUGGAAUGGGAGGAUGACACUCCCGUGGCCACAGCCAAAAACAUGCCUGGGGACAGUGCAGACUUAUUUGGAGACGGAGGUGGGGAAGAUGGCGGUGCCCCCAACGGCCGCCUGUGGAGGACCGUCAUCAUCGGGGAACAGGAGCACCGCAUUGACCUGCAGAUGAUCAAGCCGUACAUGAAAGUGGUCACCCAUGGAGGUUACUACGGGGAAGGCCUCAACGCCAUCAUCGUCUUUGCGGCUUGCUACUUGCCAGACAGCAAUCUGCCUGACUACCAUUACAUCAUGGAGAACCUCUUCCUGUACGUGAUUAGUAGUCUGGAGCUGCUGGUUGCAGAGGACUAUAUGAUUGUGUAUCUGAACGGCGCCACUCCGCGGAGGAGAAUGCCGGGAAUCGGCUGGUUGAAAAAGUGCUACCAGAUGAUCGACAGACGGUUACGGAAGAACCUGAAAGCAUUAAUAAUCGUUCACCCUUCCUGGUUCAUUCGCACGGUGCUGGCCAUAUCCCGGCCGUUCAUCAGUGUGAAAUUCAUCAGCAAGAUCCAGUAUGUUCAUACCCUGGAGGAGCUAGCCCAUAAUAUUCCCAUGGAGCAUGUCCAGAUUCCAGAUUGCAUCCUGCAGUUCGAAGAGGAGCGAAGCCAGGCCAGAAAAGAACGGGCAGAAGGAGCGAAACAGGACCCGGCUGAGAGAGAGAGGGCUGCCCUUCCUUCAGAAGAUCAGGAAACAAGCAUGUCAUGAAUUGAGGUGCAGAGGCAGAUGGCGCUGAAGGAACACCCGACCUGAUGUAUCACCCACCAUAAAUGCCCUUCCUGGUGUUCAGACCUUGCAAACAUCUCAUCUUCAGCCCAUCAGAAGAAGCAGCCCGCUGCUUCCCCACUCCCAAGGCAAAGCCGGCUAGAGAGAUUCCAUCACACACAGGAGUUUGCAAAUGACUAAUUCUUUCCAGGAAAGGCACUGAGCACUAAAGUUUCCACUGUGUGGCAGAGAUAUUCUGCAGCAUCCGUCUAUCCAACUUUGGGAUACGAUGGCGUCUUGUCCGAAAACGGAGAUCUUGAUUUUUACACAGCAAGGCUUUUCCUGUAGCUGCUGCAGGCCAGCGUAGCAAUGCCAAGGUGGAAAGCACAUAUUUCUUACCAGAUAAUUGCAAGAAGAAAUGCUAGUCUUGUGCAUCGCUGCGUCAGGAACGGCUUAAGAUGAGCCUUCCUCCUUUCGGAUGCAGCCGGGGUGGCCUUUUCCAAUAGACCUGGAAAGUCUAUCCACGUGUCGCCCCCUUAACCCUUGAACCGGGGACCUCGUGCUGAAAUCCCACGCAGCAAACGGUGCGAAAGAGAAUAUUCAUCACAAUCCUCCUCCUGAAGGGGUCUCUCUCGUGAUCCUAAGUGCCCCGGCAGCAACGAACAUCCUUCAACCGUCAGCAUCACGCAGCAAAUAUACUUACGGCUUUGACUGCCUUUACGACUCUGGACAAUCAUCCCCUCCCUUUGUAUCCUGAUGCGACAGAAUGUGCAGACAGACCCAGAUCUCGUAAAGCAAGGGGAAAAAAAAAAAAAAGGAAAGGAAGCAAACUUAAAACAGCCAAGCCAGAAAAGGCACACAUUAUAACAGGAUGUAGGUUUUUCUUAAACAAGAAUCACAUUUCAGCACGGUUUUGGUUUCCAGCACAACAAAUGUGAGGAAUAUCCAGUGUGAAUAAGAACUCUGCCAAAGGGGAUUGGGGAGAGAGGCCCCAGAUCAGAACCAUUUAGCAGCUUAAUGAUCAAGGGUGGGCUUGAAACCCCACUAAGUUUGCAGCCACUCACAUCACUCG